CCACAACAAACACCCAGCAUGUCCGACGCUGACCUCGAACAAAUCAGGCAAGCGCGCCUGCAACAGCUGCAGCAGCAAGGCGGCGGAGGGCGGGGCACGGACCAACGCGCCCACAUCCUCUCCCAAAUCCUAACUCCCGACGCCGCCGACCGCCUGGGGCGGAUCCGCCUCGUCAAAGAGUCGCGCGCCACAGACAUCGAGAACCGGCUCAUUAUGCUUGCUAGGACCGGCCAGAUACGACAGAAAGUCAGUGAAGAUCAGUUGAAGGAUAUCCUCGGUGCGGUCGCGGAGCAGAGUGAGAAGGAGGAGAGUAAGAUUGUGGUUAACCGCAGGGGAGGUGGGGGGUGGGAUGAGGAUGAGGAGUUGGAGGAGUUGAUGAAGGAUGUUUGACGGAAAUUUGAUGGGGUUGAGGUGCGAGCGUGUAGGAAGAGCGACACCUGGAUUGGGCAAUGAGCUGAGAUGUGUUAAACCAGCACUAUGCAGAAGAAGAU